UGCCCUGCGCGCCCCGUGCGCGAUGGGGCCGCGAGGGGCUGCGUGAGCGUUGGUUGAGGCAACAGCUACCUGCUGCCGGCGCCAUCAUCUGUCCCGACCCGUUCUGACUGUGUCGAGAAGAGGCAACAUGCCUGGCGUGAGCUGGCCCAAGGGGCCAUGGACAGCGGGGCGGAGCUUGAGCCGCUACCUGCGGCGCGUCAGGUCGCCCGGCAACGCGACGAACGCUUCUGGGAUGGCUUCUAAGAGCAGCAAGAGGAAGGAGAUCGGCAGUCGCAGUAACUCCGGGAUCCUGGGGGCCCCCACCAGAGAUAUACAAAUUUGUAUUGUGGGUGCUUCAAGAUUUCCCAUUUGGCCAGAAUGGAACGAAGCUGACAUCAGUGCAGAAAAAUGGGAUGCUGGAAAAGCUGGAAAAGAGAAAGACAAGGCUGGGAAAAGUCCUAUUUCUCAUGCCUUUGAUGAUCCAGAUGGAAAAAUAGAACUGCCAGCAUCCUUGAAAGUACAUUCAUGGAAACGACCACAAGAGUUUUCAGAGAAUGAGACUCCUGUGGUGGUCAAAAAUGAGAUCUCAUGUGACCUUUUUUCAGCAAAUGAACAUUUAUUUUGUAGUGAGCUGAUGCGAUGGAUCAUAAGUGAGAUUUAUGCCCUAUGGAAAAUAUAUAAUGAAAAGGCCUUAUCUGUUGAAACGUGCACACCGUUUUGGAGUCCAUGGGAACAUAUUUAUCCCAUCAAUAAAAAUGCUAAGGGACACAUGCCUCUGUACAAUAGCUAUGGAAAAUAUGUAGUGAAAUUGUACUGGAUGGGCUGCUGGAGAAAGAUCACUGUGGAUGAUACUAUGCCUUUUAGUGAAGAGGGUAAUUUGUUACUACCAGCGACAACAUGUCAAACUGAACUUUGGCCAAUGCUGCUGUCUAAAGCUAUCAUUAAGGUGGCAAAUACUAGUUUACGUGAAAAUGAGAAAAGAGAGCUGGAGGAAUUUACAGUUCUACAUGCACUGACUGGGUGGAUACCAGAAGUUAUCCCUCUCCAGCUUGGAUACUUGGACAAAGUCUGGGACCUUCUGAAAUCAAUUAUGCCAGAAUUUAAGUGGACAGAUGAGAAUACCUCUCAGGAAAAUACAAAACCUGAGGAGACUGAAGUGGUAAUAAAUGAAAUUCCACCUGUGAAUAAACAGCCAAAUAAACCUGAGAAAGCAGAGAAAUCUGACAAAGGAAAAGCAGAGAAGAAAGAAACAGGGAAGAAGAAAAAUAAAGAUGGAGAAAAGGAAAAAAACAAGUCAGCGCAUCGCGCUUCAGAAGCAGCAACAGAAGUGCAGGGCUCUCCUCAAUCUUUAGCUGAGAGUUCUAAUGUGCCAACCCAGCCAGAAAUGGCAGUCUACGCUGGCUGUUUGCCAUUACGUUCAUCUGAAGAGAAGAUUUUUUCCUUAGUUCAGAUGACUGAUUCUGCAGAGAAGCUGAGACAGUAUGGGAUUUCCCAAGCACACAGCCAUCCCGUCCUGGUUACUAGAACUAGGUCCUGCCCUCUGGAACCCCCAGAGCCACCGGUUGCUCCCUGGAAGCUUUUCCGUCUAAAAAAAACUGUUGCAAAAUCUGAACCUGAAGAACCUGUGGUAGAGAAACGUGAACAAUAUAUUGAGAUUACUAGCCUAUUUUUAAAUCACAAAUCCAAUCCUAUCAAAGUACCCAAAGAUACCUUCUUCACACAGUCUACCAUCCAAAAAGGAUUUCAUUUGAUGACCCAUCUUCCUUUUGUCAGUGAAAAGAAUGAAAAUUUAGUUGACAGUAAUGUGGAGUUGAAUCAAAGUGGGAGUUGCUCAAAUGUAGAAGAUUAUUCUCAGGAGCAGCACAAAACAGAGAGACCCACUGAAGAAAAAUUGCACAAGAAUAUUAGCUCUAAUGCAAAACAAAUGCCAGAAACAGCUGAUACUCUUAUGAACAGCCAGGCAGUGGAUGAAUCAAAGGAAGAAAUCGAGUCAGAAAAAACUUCAGUUUCCAAGGAAACCUGGAUUAGCAUUGAGGACUUCUGUGUUUGUUUCCAGAAUCUGUAUGUUUUUCACAAGCCACAUACAUAUGCUUAUAACUAUCAGAAGACAGACUUUAAGAUUACUGAUGAUCGAGUCUUCUAUUAUUUACUUGUGGACAGUCUGAAGCCUGUUGAAAUCCUGGUUAGCUUUUCCGCGCUAGUAUGCUGGGUUGACCCUGAAGCUGCUGAACAAGAAGGUUCUAGUAUUUCAAAGGCGCUGCUGAAGAUUGAACAUUUUUCUUGGAAAUGUAUGACUCCGGGGAAACUUGUACUAAAGAUGCAUACAUAUUCAACCAAAGCUACUGUGCUAAAUCUCCCUCUUGGACGACACAUACUUCUCUUUACAGUAAGUUCUGCUGUAGGGCACCAUAUUCAUCUCUCUAGCAUGGUGCCCUGUGUCUUUGGAGAAGAGGAUGUUGUAAUGCGAAAUCUCGAAAAGGAGAGCUGCCGAUUUAUUGAGCAGGCUACUGCUAUCCUGACAGCUAUUGGAAAUGUGAUUAAUAAUUUCAGCAGUGAGCCCAAACUUUCUGAAGCUCAGAAGGAUUUGGAACUAACUCACUGUCCUCCUGGCAUCCAUGGUACUGAAAUGGCUGAGGAACAUUUUAAGGUUUUCAAUAGUGCCUUAUGGUCUUUGAUCAAAUAUGUAUUGGACAAGAAGAUACCUCCUGAGUAUAAAUUUGCCUUCAAAUCCUUCACUUUGGAUUUUACAUUCACUGAUAUAUUUGAGGAUGAGAGUGUGUCUUCAGAAAACUGUGAAUUGGAUUCCGUUAGUAGCUGGCAGAAAAGAAUUCCCACAUUCAAAGAAACAGCAGCAGUUGUUAAACUCCAAGCUGUUUGGAGGGGCACUUAUAUAAGGAAAGUACUGAACAGCAGAAAACCAGGUACUAAAGAAAACGCUGCUGUCACAGAAACCUUGAAAAACUUGUGGACUUCAAUUGAGUUAAAUUUUGAACAGUGUGCUGUAGUGCUGUUAAGAGAAAUGUUUAAAAGAAAAUGUGACUCAAUCAAAAAUUUUCCUUGUUAUGAAGAUGAGUGGUGUAAGACCUCUUUCGCUGACUAUGCUGUAACAUAUUCUGAUCAGCCACCAUAUAUUUGGUUUGUGGUUUUUAGAGAAAUAUUUUUUGUCCCAGAAGACAUGCUCGUAGUGCCAAAGAUGUAUACCACUAUUCCUUCCUGUAGACUUCAUGUAAUUGAUAACGACACAAUGAAGGAAAUGCCACAUGUCUUUUUGAAAGUGGUGCCUCAUGUUUACCCCAAAAAUAAGAAAGGAUACACAUUUAUGGCUGAAGCAUCUACUGGUGACCAGGCUUUAGCAUCUGGAAUAUGGAGGCUCCGACUCAUCAGUUCUCAUAGUCCGCUCCCAUUCCUCGCUCGUGAGGCUGUAAAUAACAUCUAUUCUACUAAAGAAAUUAGAGAGUAUUACAUACCCAAUGACAAAUGUGUAAUAUUAAGGUAUUCAGUAAAUGUCACACUAUCACAUAUUGCUACAGUGCAGGUACAAACCUCUAAAUCAGAUGUGUUCAUUAAGCUACAAGUCCUAGAUAAUGAGGAAGAAAUUGUAAAUGUCACUGGAAAGGGCCAAGCAGUCAUUCCUGCUUUUCAUUUCUUGAGUAAUAAUCUUCUGAGUUCCCUGUCAAUUAAAAAAAAGAAUAUUCAAAAAGGUGAAAAGAAGGAAUCAGAAACUGGAAAAAGAAGAGGUGGUCAUGUUUCAGCUUCAAGGGAUACCACAAGUUAUUUCAAGGCAGGAAUUUCUCACGAACGUUCACCUGUGUUAGAAGAAGAAUCUUUCCUCUUGGAAAGCUUUGAAAAUAAUCAAGGAAGUCCACAACAAACUCACAAGUAUAUCAUACAGGCGUUGGUGUUAUAUGAUAGUUGGCCACUCACUGAGAGCCAGAUUCAGUUCGUCCAGUCACUGAAGGUAACAGAGAAAACUGAACUCAAAGCACAUGGGGAAAAGCAAGAGAAGCACAGUUUUCUCAUAAAGUCCAAUCAUUUUGAAGGACAGAGGUCUGCAAGUAUUUCUAAAUCAACCAAAAAAAUGAAAGAUAAAGCAACUGAGAAGACAGAAAGGGAGAAGACCAUUAAAGAAAGAGGAUCACUUUCAUCUCUUGUAUUUCAACCUGAAUUUGAGCAAGAUGCUAUAAACAAACCGUACUGGAUUUUACGUCUCGUUACUGAGCAGAGAGAGAUGGAUGUUCUGGAAGUGAAGAAAGACACACAGCGAGAAGAUGAGAUCAGAGCCAUGAAGCAAGCAUGGGAAUCUGCAGAGCCAGGAAGAGCUGUCAAGGCUUUUCAGGAACGCAUGCAGUUUAUCAAUAAGUAUGCUGCAAGAGAUUCUGAGGGGCCCAUAGCUGGGGUGGACAUUGCCAGAUUAUCAUCCUUGUCAGAAGACAGAGAUUCUUCUUCUCUUACUGCAGAAAAGACAACAUCACAAAUAGCAAUUGACUCAAGCUUACCAAUGGAGCAAAUAAAGUGGGAGCCUAUAGAUCUUAGUCCUUAUAUGAGGAAAACAAUGUCUAAACCUGUGCUAAGAGAUGAAUCUAUAAUUCAACAGCAAAAGAAAUGCAAAAUGGAAAAAAUUAACCAUUUUAGGCAACGAAGAGAAUUGACUUUGGAACAAAGAGAAAUGGAUCAAAAUGCCAGAGCUUUGUUGAAGAAAAAUGUACUUGAAAUGUAUGAGAAUCUGCAGGCAUCCUUAGAUGAAAUGCGAAGCAGAGUUCACAGCAUUCGGGAAGCAUACAGAAGUGAGUUGUUACAGGCUGAACUCAGAAGACGUGAAGAGCAGGCAGCUCAAGAAGCAGCAAUGUUGCAAGCAGAGCAAGAGAAGAAAAUCCAAGAAGCGAGCCAAAAAAAGCAAGGGAAAGGUGCAGGGAGAAGCAGUAGGAAGUGAUGCAGAAUUUAACUUAGCUGUUUGGGAAAUAAAAUUUAUAUGCCAAGCUUAAAGAGACUAAUUGCUAUUUUCCAGUGUUGGUGUCCAGUGUAUCACAUUACAUCUGGGCUUUGUUCUACCAAAAAAAACACCAAAAAAAGAUCUAGUAUUCUAACACAGUAUCUGAUAUUUUGCUGCUCAUAAUUGGUACUCAUUGCUAUUAACUUUUGUACUUAUUACUGGAAAUAAACUUUUGCAUCAGUAUUGCAUUCAGUUUUCUCUCAAAAUCAUGCUUUUAUGCUGUUAUGUUUUUUUUAUAGUCAAUCAAAACAGCCAGAAUUGAAACAGUGAAUGUAACCUGUCAGUUUUUUAAGUCAUUAAUUAAAUAGUAGCAUUCCACA